AUAGGCGGCGGAACAGGGGGAGGGGCACCAUGCCCCCUUGAUUUUGCCAUGAUGACAUUAGCCCUAUGGGCAUUGCAUGGAAAGAAUGGGACCAAAGACUAUAGUCCAGAUGGAUGUCGAAAUUGCCCCACUAAAAAGCAUGGAUGACUUCAUGCUGAACUCAGCAAGAUUUCAGAUUCCAAACUUCAAGGAUGCUGACAAAUGGACUAACAGGGUCGUCCAUAACCUGCUGUAUUAUCAGACAAACUACUUCUUGCUUGUUAUUGCCAUUUUCCUGGUCAUUGGUGUGCUGCACCCGGCGCAGCUGGGCUGCGGCCUGCUGGCGCUGACAGCACCGGCCGGCCUGCUGAGCUGGACCGCUGGCCGGCCCAAGCGCCGACAGCUGCACCCGCUGACCAGCCUGCUGCUCCUGCUGGUCGCCGCCAGCGGAGUCGUCUACCUGAUAGGCUCAGUGCUGGUCUUUGUCAUCGGCGUCUGGCUGCCAGCGUUCGUAAUGUUGGUACAUGCAUCUAUGCGCCUUCGUAACAUCAGAAACAAGCUGACCAACCGGCUGGACGCACUGGCGCUGAGGCGGACGCCGAUGGGCAUCCUUCUGGAGGAGCUGGGCGUCGAUAGCGACAGGUUCGUGUUUCGAGAGCGCGGAUAUUGAGGCUUUACCGCGGCUUCUGAGGGUACUGAGGACUUGCCGCAGCUAUUGAGGCCCCUACCGCAGCUUCUGUCUACUGGGGGCCCUACCGCAGCUACUGUCUACUGAGGCCCCUACCGCAGCUACUGUCUACUGAGGGCUCUACCGCAGCUACUGUCUUCUGAGGCCCCUACCGCAGCUACUGUCUACUGAGGCCCCUACCGCAGCUACUGUCUACUGAGGGCCCCACCGCAGCUACUGUCUACUGAGGCCCCUACCUCAGCUUCUGUCUCCUGGGGGCCCUACCGCAGCUACUGUCUACUGAGCCCAUACCGCAGCUACUGUCUACUGAGGCCCCUACCGCAGCUACUGUCUACUGAGGGCUCUACCGCAGCUACUGUCUACUGAGGGCCCUACCGCGGCUACUGUCUACUGAGGCCCCUACCGCAGCUACUGUCUACUGAGGGCCCUACCGUAGCUACUGUCUCCUGAGGCCCCUACCGCAGCUUCUGUCUACUGAGGGCCCUACCGCGGCUACUCUCUGCUGAGGGCUCUACCGCAGCUUCUGUCUACUGAGGGCCCCACGGCAGCUACUGUCUGCUGAGGCCCCUACCGUAGCUACUGUCUCCUGAGGCCCCUACCGCAGCUACUGUCUACUGAGGGCCCUACCGCCGUUACCGACUCCCCUGCCGCAGAUACUGAGCCAUCUUUUCUGCAAAUGGCAUUGGGCGCGAUGACGCUGGCCUAGAAUUUGGCACGGCCAUUCUAAAGACCAGACGGUCUCGUGGGCUGUGAUGCAUGCAUGAGGUUUCGGGCUCGAAGCCAGAUUUAGGCGCAUUUUUAAACGGACAAUAGCCGUCCGGUGAUGAGGUUUAUAUCAUGUGAUUAGCUAGUUAUGCAUUUUUUUUCAUGAAUGACGUGCCAACAGUGGGCUGUGUGGCCGGAUUGUUACAGCUGCGCCUGUUUUGGCGCAUGUCUGGAGUGUUGAAGGACGCCUGACGCCUCGAUGGAUAUUUGAAUGCGGCGUCCACCACCGUCGGCCGUCACCGGUCUAUCCCUGUAGCGCGUCUGUGGCACGUGGAGCAGCGCUCCCGUGGCGGCCACCAGCCGCGCCCAGCCGUGGCAGGCGGCUUCGCUAAUAUAUCUCCGCCGUAAGC